CUUCUGCUGCGCUCAGAGUGUAAUCUGUGCUGUCUAAUCGGAUAAUCUUUACACAGAUAUUUUAUUCGUGAACUUUCGCCUCGAGACGUUUGAUAUAUUUUCACAUAUAUAAUUUUACCAUAGAGAGAUGGUUCACGAAGAUUUAUUUGCGCGUCUUAACGAGGCUGGGUAUAAGAACUGGUUAAAAGCUGGUUACUGUCUUCUGAAAGUUAAGGAUGGCUUGUGCGGAUACACAGACAGUGAAAUGCGAUACUUCCACAACACACUCAUCAAAAGCAACUCGGGCUUACAGAGAGGACAGAGGUGCAGAAACGACUGUAGACCCAGGGGAAAUCAGUUUGAGUAUGCGUGUCCUCUCUGUAAUGAGUGGAGAAGGGAAAUUUUGAGACACCACACCAAACCAGGUGGUGUGAUUAACUGGGGAAACUGCAGGCCCUGUCUGUGGCCUACUGAACACUGGGAACUGGCAAAGGCUUACAUGCCACGAGGCUUGGCCAAUUUAUCCAGAGCAGAUCAAUGUGAUGCAGCAGCACUGCUUAACCUCCUCAACUUCUGUGACCAUUUCAGCUUCAUCAACCAAAGGAUCAUUACAGAGGUCAUACGCAGUAGGAACGAGCUAAUGCACUCUUGUGAGAUGCAGGUUUCCAAUGAGUGGAUGGCACGCUUUCAGAAGAGCCUGGAGCAUUUGUUACUAACCCUUCAGCACGUCCCUGAAGUGGCUGCAGCACGUCAACAGAUCCAGGAGAUGUUGUCUGUCGAUCUGUCAUUGCAUAUCCCUGGGAUGGACUGUGUGGAUGGAGACAGUGAUAUGGAAGUAUUGAUUGAAUCUAUCAGCCAGUGCGAGACGGAAUUGCUCAGGGAAUCUCUAAAAGACCUUUUAAGCAACAGUGAAGUUGAAGGGAAUCCUGUACCUCUGGAGAGAAUGCAGAAUGUCCAUAGAUUCCUGAGCAGCCACAGGGACCUUGAAGAGCAGUUCAGGACAGAACUCCAGAGUCUUCGGGUCAAGGAGACAGAACAGCUGAAAGGAGUAAACACUGACAGUGCAAAAAGAUGACUUGUGCUAAGGAGACAACAGAAACAAAAGGAUUGUCUUGGUGCACACUUCAAUGCAUGUUUAUGGAAAAUACAUUUUGUACAUUAUUGUGUAUCAGCUGUCAGGAUAUUAAGUCAGGUUUUUAAUAAGCUUCCGUUUUCAUGUUCAUUGCAAUGGUACACAUUAACUUGAUGGUUUAAGGAACUAUUCAUAGCAUGUAGUAGUAUGCAAUUAUGUGCAUGUCACAGCCUAAAAAAUCACUGUGCUUCUUUGACCUGGUCGAUUCG